CAAGCAGCAGCACAACAAACACAGAAGCAUUUAAUGAAGUAAUGAACAUGGAAAUACUUUGGCAUGCACUCUCCAUUUCAAAAGCACUGUGAUAAUGGUAACAGUAGGCUGCCUUACCUGUGGCGUUUAUUAACUGCCAAAAAUUCACAACAGUAGGAGGAGGAGGACAGCAGCUCUUUUGAUACUAAAGCCAGAUAGUUCAAGAUGGAAUUAGGAGAGCACAGAAUGAGAAGCCUGACUGCUCCAGUUCAGGUCUCAGCCAAUGCGGAAUCUGCGUCCAACCAAGUUCUCCCAGUAAUUGUGGGAUCUGGCAAUACCAUCCAAAUCCCAGUCACCAUUAAUGUAUCCCAGACGGAUGUGACUUUACAAAGAGAGGAAUCCAUUUACCAGCUGAAGUCUCUUCAUCAAAAAAUGCUACUGAAAUCAUGUUCUCAUUUGCAUGACUAUGGAUCUCACCCUGAGGCUAUUAAGCCUUCUACCAGUACUCACUUUACAGAACCAUGGAUGACAAAAGGAGAAAUGGGGCCAGCUGUACAUGAACAUGACAUGAUAGAGGCAGAGUCAGCAGCUCGACAAUGGGAUGAGGUGUAUAAAUGUAAGACAGUUCAGCUCACAGGCAUUUUCCAGACUUUUCCUCAGGAGAGCUAUGCUCCACGGGUAAUUGUUACCAAAGGAAUUGCAGGAAUCGGGAAAACCGCAUGCAUCCAGUGGUUACUUUACAACUGGGCCACAGGCAACUGCUUAUCUCAGUACGACUUUGUAUUUCCUCUUCCAUUCCGGGAGCUCAGCUUGUUACCAGAUGGUCAGAAAUACACCUUGAUAGAUCUGCUUAACCACUAUUACCCCCACCUGAAUUUUGAAAAGCUUUUAUCUUCUUCACCCAAGCUUCUCUUAAUUUUUGAUGGGCUAGAUGAAUGUCAGCUGAUGUUGAAUUUCUCCUCUUGCUCCGAAUGCAGAUCAGUUUCAGAACCAAUAACACCCACUAGUCACAUUAUAAAUCUUGUUCGAGGAAAUCUCCUGCCAGCUGCUUCCAUAUGGAUAACCAGUAGGCCAGUGGCUGUAAACUGUAUUCCGCUGUCUCAUGUGGAUAUUGUCACUGAAAUCCAAGGGUUUCUAGACUGUCACAAAGAAACGUAUUUCUGUAAAAGACUUGGGAAAAAUGGGCUUCAAGUUAUUUCCCAUCUGAAAAAAUAUACAGCACUUUAUGCCAUGUGUUAUAUUCCUGCUUUCUGCUGGCUUCUGGCCACCAUUUUUGAGCAUUCACCAUUGCUUAUGCAGGAAAAAUAUAUGCCCCAAAGCCUAACUGAAAUUUACACAAACUUUCUCUUAGUCGCUGUGGCCUACCAGCAUCAUCGUAGUAAUGGGAAAAGACGUUCAAUGAAUGAUGCAAAUGCUUUGCUACGAGUCAACAAGGCAGUCAUCAGAAAUCUGGCCAGGAUGGCAUACUAUGGCUUAAAGUCUAAUAAGUUGGUAUUUUUUGAACAGGACUUGAAUAACUACCACUUAAACAUCCCAGAAAUUUGUGAAGGACUGAUCAGAGAGUUCGUGGUUGAAGACUAUGGCCCUUUCUGUAAAAAAGCCUAUGCAUUUGUUCACUUAACUAUUCAAGAAUAUUUGGCUGCCUUAUUUGUCAUUAUCUCUUGUUCUAGUCCCAAGCAGGCCAUUACAUUGGCUCUCCAGCCAAAUUAUUGUUUCGGUAAUUCUAAUUACCCAAGUUUAUUUGUAGCUUUUAAAGAGUUCUGUCAGGAGGCAAUCAAAAGUCCUAAUGGCCAUCUUGAUUUUUUCCUUCGCUUUCUCUGUGGCCUUGGAAGAGAAAGCAAUCAUGAUCUGGUGCAAGGGCUUUUAGAAACCCCAGAAGACAACUCUGAAGUUGCUUCUUUGAUGGCAGACUACAUUGGAAAACUCCUGAAGAAAAAUGUUUCUCCUGAGAGAUGUCUAAACCUGCUGCAUUGUCUGAGUGAACUGAAGGCUAACUCUCUAGCAGACGAGAUCAAGAAUUCCAUGGCUACUGGUGCUUUGUCCUUUGGCACACUAUCCUUGGCCGAGUAUUCAGCUCUUGCUUUUGUUCUACAGACAUCCGGAGGUAGUCUGGAAAAGUUCGUACUUAAUCAAUACAUCGCUGCACCCGAUGGUGUUAAAAGACUUUCUCCAGUUGCUAAGCUUCACAGAAAAUUAUGCAGGUUUGAAAAAAGCACCCUAAAUGAAGAAACAGGCAAUUGUGUGAAGUAUAUUCUGAGCUCUUACAAAAGUCAAGUUAAAGAAAUAAGGUUCAGAAUCCUGAAUGUGAAAGACUCAGGGUGGAUGAAGUUGUGUGAAGCACUGGCAAGUCCUCACUGCAAAGUGGAAACUGUCAUGAUAAGGAACUGUCGUCUUAAGGCUCAUCACUAUGAAGAACUUGGCAAGAUCCUUGUUCAAAACCAUCAUAUAACAGAAUUGGAUUUGUGUUACAACGACGGAGGUGAUGAAGGAGUGAAACUGUUGUCCAUUGGGCUGCUUGGUAACAGUUGUAACAUCAGAACAUUGAGGGUCAACAAAAAUAGCCUUACUGAUCAGUGCUGUCAAGAUCUUGCAGUAAUUGUUUACAGCAGUCAGUCAUUGACAGAGUUAUAUCUUCAUGCUAACAAACUGGGAGAUUCUGGGAUAAAACUGCUGUGCACUGGACUACGAAAUGACAAAUGCCAGUUAGAAAAACUCAGUCUCUUCCAAUGUGGGCUGACCUCCAACUGUUGUGCUGACCUUGCUGAAACCUUGUACACAAUGCGCAAUCUAAAGAAGCUGGCCCUUCGUGGGAAUAAACUGCAGAAUAAUGGAGUAAGGCAACUGUGUGGCCCACUCCAGAGACCAGACUGCACCAUACAGCACCUGGGACUAGAAGGCUGUGGGCUUUUCUAUGAAUGCUGUGAAGAUCUUGCUACUGUCUUGGAAAUGAACAAAUCCUUGAAAAGUUUGAGCUUGGACUGGAAUGAACUGGGUGAUACCGGGGGAAGACUUCUGAGUCGAGGGCUGUUGUCACCCACUUGCAUCUUACAAAAUCUAGAGUUGGAAGGCUGUGGACUAACUGAAGAGUGCUGCCACGAUCUAGCAUUGGCCCUGUCAUCAAACAAAUCACUUCUGUCACUAAACCUGAGUGAGAAUGAACUGGAAGACAAUGGAGUGACACUUCUGUGUGCUGGCCUAAAACAUCCAAACUGCCAAUUGCAGCGUCUGAUAUUACAGAAUAAUGGUCUGACAGGAAGCUGCUGUAAAGAUCUGAAGCAAUCACUCGGUGCUCACUCCCAUCUGACCUUGCUGGACCUGUCUAAGAAUUACUUAAAUGACCUCUCCAUUGCUGACCUACAGGAGGCUGCUACAAGAUGUCCACACCAUUGCACAAUAGAGCUACGAUGGAAUAAAUUCAGUUCUCAGGGGAGCAUCAAAUUAAAAGCAAUGGAAAAUCAGCGUGACGGCUUGAAAGUAGUACUGAACACAUAACCCUUUAUCAUUUGGCAUAUGUGAUACUGCAUUUCCAAACUAAGCAAAGUGGUUUGGGAUGGAGUUGCCAUGAAAUGUACCUAAGAAUUCAAGGAUCCAUUGAUUUAACAGAAACACGUUAAAGAGACUCAAACCCUGCAAGAGACUGGCAUCCUAUCCAUGUUACUCUCUGCAUUGUGCACAGUGAUGCCAGGAUUGGCUUCAGCCACUUUUCAAUAAAAAUGUUGGUUCAAAAACCUGAUGAAAAAACAUGAUAUUAGCAACUUAAAAUAUGUUUCAUUAUCAAGCAAGAUCCAGAAAAUUAAAUUUUUCAAUGUUAUGAAUACAGAAAUAUCUCAGUGAGGUAGGAUUUGUAUGUGCUGUGUGUGCUUUCUGGUCUCUACUUCAGGCUGCUGCUGCAUCAAGCUGGUUUAUAAAACCUAAGCUUGCAGGAGGCCGAAAAUUAAGAGGAAAUAUCUUAUUGACUCUUGAGAAGGUUUUGAACCACAGGAAAUUCUAACAAGGGCUGGCUUUCCUAUUGCAUUUAUAAUCCAUAUUAUUUUUGAUACAUUUGGAAACAGACUCUGGCAAUGAAAACAAAAAAAAGGAAGCAGACAUUAAACAUCUAAAUGGAUUAUGUGAAUUUCUGCUUUGUUCUCUGCCACUGUAUGAAGUAAAAGCAGUUCCUGUAAAUUAGGAAAGGAUUGCGGUUUUGCAUUCAUCUUUACAUUAAAUAUUCUCAACCACAAGGAAGGGAGUUGCCCUGUAAAGACAUGAAUGGGUGUUACUCACCAGUGUUAAAAUCCAACAUGUGAUUAAUGAAAAAAUGUAAUGUAACUCAUUCUCAAUUAAA